GCAGGAGGAUCGCUGUGUUCGGCGGGUCCCGAUCCUUAUCCCGAUCCCGGGGAUGCGGCGGCGGCUGCUGUGGCUGCUCUGCGCCGCCGCCGCCGGCUGCUGCUGUUGGGGCCUCGCCGCGGGCAAGACGCUCCGCGGCGGCUUCGCCAGCGCCGCCGCCCGCCUCGAGCCGUGGCGGCCCGUGGCGCGCUUCCAGUUCCACGGUGAUCAUGCUGUUCUGUGUGUCAGAAUCAAGAAUGUGGCAGUAGCUGUGACAAAAGCAGCUAGACUCCACCUCUUUCAAGCACAGGAAUGGCAGAAGCUGCAGAACAAUAUCCAAGAUCACAGCUGUACAGGGAAGUUCUCUAAAGCUCAGCUGACAAUGACUGUGAACCACACAGAGCAAAAUCUGACAGUGUCCCAGAUUCCUUAUCCGGAAACAUGGUAUGUGUUUUAUGUAGACAAGUUUACCUGCGAGGAGAAUUAUUCUGAAUCCGAGGAUAUUCAGUUUGAAAUGAUCUUACUAAACCCAGAUGCAGAAGGGAAUCCAUUAGAUCACUUUAGCGCAGGGGAAUCGGGAUUACAUGAAUUCUUUUUCCUGCUUGUCCUAGCAUACUUCGUAACUGCUUGCAUAUAUGCACAAUCCCUAUGGCAGACAAUUAAGAAGCAUGGACCUAUGCAUGCUGUGUUAAAGGUGUUGACAGUUGCAUUACUGUUGCAGGCUGGUUCGGCUUUGGCCAACUACCUGCAUUUUUCAAGUUAUUCUAAAGAUGGGAUAGGAGCUCCUUUUAUGGGAAGUCUGGCAGAAUUGUGUGACAUAGUCUCACAGAUACAAAUGCUGUAUUUAUUAUUGAGUCUAUGUAUGGGUUGGACAAUAGGCAGAAUGAAGAAAUCUCAUGGCAGACCUCUUCAGUGGGAUUCCAAUCCAACGUCUACUGGCAUUGCUGUAGUAGUUGUUGUUACACAGAGCUUUUUGUUAAUUUGGGAGCAGUUUGAAGAUACAAAUCACCACAGCUACCACUCGCACCAUGGUUUAGCAAGCGGACUGCUUAUUGGCCUCAGAGUUUGUCUGGCUUUGUCACUGGCUGCUGGUCUUUACCAGAUUAUCACAGUGGAGAGAAGCAUGCUGAAAAGGGAGUUCUACAUCACCUUUGCCAAAGCCUGCAUUCUCUGGUUUUUGUGCCACCCAUGUCUUGCAACCAUUGCUGUAAUAUUCAGAGAAUAUCAAAGAGAAAAGAUUAUUACCAUAGGUGUUAUCCUCUGUCAGUGCAUCUCCAUGGUUAUCCUCUACAGACUUUUUCUAUCUCAUAGUCUAUAUUGGGAGGUAUCUUCACUGUCGUCAGUGACAUUGCCACUAACAGUAUCCUCCGGAAAUAAAAAUCGACAUCACUUCUGAGGUGUUCAGGAAGAAUACAUUAUGUUAUAAAUGUGCAAUAAUGACUUAAAUAUACAGGUAUUUUUGUCACGUGUGUGAUACAUUGGUUUCACUGGAAAACUGAGUGAUAAUAUCAGAGCACUUCACAGGCCUUUGGUCUGACAAGGUUGCUAGAUUAAUCUAUUAAAAGUGUUGGAGAGUGUAAAAAUCUGUAAUUUUAAUAGUUUUAUAAAUAUUGUUUAUGUGUAACAUCUGGUGCUGAGCUGUAUCAUGGAAGAGUACAAUGAAUCUUUUCCAUUCACAGACACCAAAAAUGCCCAUACUUUGUAUCAAUACUAGGUUUGAAGGUCUUACAAAAUGCAGUUCUUAAAACAUCUACGUGCUCAAACAAGUUUGAAAUAGGCCGGUUGUGAAAUUGGUGUGAUGCAUAACGAUGAGUACAAGGAUUUUUUUAUUUUCAUGCUUUAGAGAAAAUACAUUUUAUGUAUCAGUAUAAAAGAUGGGGAAACAAAAGAGGGAGAAUCCUCUAGAAAACACAUGUAAAAUGUUCACAACUGACUGCAAGAAACUUUCCUUUAUUAUUGGUGUAAAAGAAAAGCCUUUUUUGCAACUAAUGUUCAUACUGGUUAAAAUUCUAAUGGGAAUAUAAAUAGGGUUUAUAUCUGCCUCUUUUUUUUUUAAAUCAAUGUAACUAAAAAUUUCAUCCAGUAAUGCAGGUUUAAACAGUUUUUGAGGCUUAGAAGACAUAGCAACAUAAAGGUAAUUAAAACAGCAGGCUUGCAUCUUUUAAAGAAAAAAAAAGGCAAAGAAAAUGGAAUGGGUGAUGUGGUACUAGAAUUUUAAUCCUGAUAUAAUUCAUUUCUGUUACAUUGAGGAUUCAAUCAUAAUUAAGCCAUAUACACAGAUUAAAUUAACAGAAGCAUUUCAAAUAAAUGUUGGUUUCAGUCAUCAACUACCCAUGAAUUCCUGCCCAAGGAUACUUAAUCAGGAUUAAAUUUUCUAUGAAUAAUUGAAAAACAAAAUACUCACUGGAUUUGUUAUAAUCCAUGUUGGCACUGGGUUCUAAGUAGUUGCCAUCUUCCAUCCGUUGUAAUAAAGCCAUACUACUUUGUGAUGCCCUAGCAUUCAGAAAGCCAGUGUAAAUAUAUACUUUAUUGAAGUGCCUAUUUAUUGAGUAUGUUUAAAUCAUGCUGACAUUUUUUCCUUCAUAAUAAGAACAUACCUAUUGCUAUUGUGAGUGAGUGAAUUCUUUUUUUCUAUUUAGUUAAUAUUUGUCAAAUUUUAGACUUCAUACACAUGUGUUUCUUCACAAAAUGGAUUUUAUUUUCUAGUAAAUGAGUAUUUGCUUUUUCUUAACGGUGUGUAUUUAAUUGUCUCUGUGAAAACACAGGUUCUAGCUUUAAAAUAGCCCUAACUUUUCCAUUCAUGUUUGCCUUAGUUGUGAGCAUAGUUGAAACAUAAGUCUGUUCCAUUUUAGUUUAGAGGGAAAACUAGACAUUUGCCUUUGACUAAGGCAAAAUGGCAACAUGACAAAGUUGCUCAUUAAAUCAUCUCCUUUCUUAUUGUUUGUAAUUCAGAUCAAGAAUGGCAGGUUGAGGCUGGAAAAGAUGAGAUAUUAUGAUUUCACACAAUCUUCAGAAUGAUUAAAAGAUUAAUUAUUACAUUCCUCUGAUAACCACACAAAAAUAUUAUUGGUUAAAACUUCAGUCUUUAUUUCCCUGCUUAUCUCUGUACUUUUCAUCUUCUCAAGAAAAAAGCAUCCUGUUUUUGAUAAGUCUCCAGUAAUGCAAGUAGAAGAGUUCUGUCUGUCUUCAUGUAUAAGACUUGAAAUUCACACGUAAAAUAGAAUUUUCUGAUAGACAGAAGUACUACUUUACAGUUUAUGAUCCAUCAUGAUCAAAGUUUUAAUCUAUGCAGAAAAACCUCUGUGUGACUUUCAGAAGAGGCACUCCAUUUGUUUUAUUCUCCAGAAGUACUUUCUUACUUCCUGUAGUUCCUCUGACUUCAGUUACUCAGUAUUAUGAAACCAUUUACCUUAAUUUCUCCUUAUAAAUAUACCCUACAACAAUUCAUAAUUAAUUAGUGUAAGUAAGAAACAUGAGGUGUUGUCUCUUAAGUCUUGCCCAGAUUGCCCCGUAAGUCAACAGGUAACAUUGGUUUCUUAGUUUGGCAUUGAAUUCAGUUAUUUGAAAAUAAAAUUUAAUUUUGCUAUUACUGUAACUAGGAAUUAAGUAUCACUUUCACAUGGUAAGUGGUACAAAGGACAUGCAUUUCUGCCCAGGUCUAUUAACAGUCUUUAAAAACCAACACUCACCAACCUUAUGUUGUUAAAUAACUAUUGUGCACUGUAGCAGUACGUCAUCAUGACUGCAGUGAUAUUCAAGACAUCAGUUAAUUCAGUGGGGGGAGUCUUCAAGUAUGACUAGUUGACAAAGCUUCAUACUUACCUGUACUCUAGGUUGUAGCUUACUGCCUCUGGAUCAUGCCAGAAGAGUGGUUCAGGUAUGUGAAAGCCUCUCUCUUCUUUCUAACUUGCAUCUCCUGUGAGACCAGCUGAUAAGACCAUGGGUUUUUUGUGUUUAUCCACUCUGUUACCCAUUCUAUCAAUUUGGUUUCAUAACCUCAUCUUGAAAAAACAGCUUCCAGCCAUCUUUCAGUUUUCUUCAAUCCAUGCAUCCUGACUUGAAAGCUUUUCUUCUAAAAUGUGCUUUCUGUCAC